GCCCCCGCCCAGCUGACCCGGCCGCUUUCCCUUAGCUUGCUGCUACCCCGGCGUGCAGGGCCCUGCCGCCGCCAUGUCGGGCCCGUUUGAGCUCUCGGUGCAGGAUCUCAACGACCUGCUGUCGGACGGCAGCGGCUGCUACAGCCUCCCGAGCCAGCCCUGCAACGAGGUCACCCCCAGGAUCUACGUGGGCAACGCGUCUGUGGCUCAAGACAUCCCCAGGCUGCAGAAGCUGGGCAUCACCCACGUCCUGAAUGCGGCUGAGGGCAGGUCCUUCAUGCACGUCAACACCGGUGCCAACUUCUACAAGGACUCUGGCAUCACCUACCUGGGCAUCAAGGCCAACGACACACAGGAGUUCAACCUCAGCGCCUACUUUGAAAAGGCGGCGGACUUCAUCGACCAGGCCUUGGCUCAGAAGAACGGCCGAGUGCUCGUCCACUGCCGUGAGGGUUACAGCCGCUCCCCGACUCUCGUCAUCGCAUAUCUCAUGAUGCGUCAGAAGAUGGAUGUCAAGUCUGCCCUGAGCAUUGUCAGGCAGAACCGUGAGAUCGGCCCCAACGAUGGUUUCCUGGCCCAGCUCUGCCAGCUCAAUGACAGACUAGUCAAGGAGGGGAAAUUGAAACUCUAGGGUGCCCUCACUGCCUCUUCUCUAGAGGGCGGAUGGAGGGAGGCACCCUGGUUGUGGUGUCCCAAGCUGCCAUGUUUAGGAAACACAGUGUACCCUGUUCCCAGCAUCACCAGGCACUUGCCCACAAGUCUGUCCCAACACAGCCCUGGGCCACUUUCCCCCUGGGGAGCAUGUAAAGAAGCUUGCUGA